AUGUCUCCAGGUCGCAACAAUCCAUGGCGACUACCACGUCUUUCCCAUGAAGCCGUUUCAGACUCCGGCUCUGAUGAAGCUGUUCAACGAGUCUCUUCGUGGUUACGAGAAUGCAAUCAUAGCCAUGAGUUGUGCAGGGGCGCUAACUCGAGCCUGCCGACACGCGUUGUUCUGAUCCAAGAUCCAGAGAACAUAAAGCUGUACGAGACCCGCGGCGAAGUCAAGCCCUAUAUUUGUCUCAGUCACUGCUGGGGGAAGGGUACAAUUAGGAAGACUACGACAGCCACCUUGACCGAACACAAGCGAAGAAUCCCUUCGGAGAAACUCCCUCAGACAUUCCAGGAUGCCAUCUCCUUCGCCUAUCGGUUGGGAUUCGAGUAUCUGUGGAUCGACAGUCUCUGCAUCAUACAAGACAGCCGCGAGGACUGGCAAAGGGAAGGCAGCAGAAUGGCAGAGAUAUAUUCUGGUGCCGACUUUACUAUUGCUGCCACCGACGCAAAUAUUCCAUUGCAAGGCUGUUUCCGCAAACAUCCGGAGCGCCCUGUCAGCAAGUCUUCGUAUCCGGACAGGAAUGGCUCCAUGUUGGACGUUAGCGUUCGGUCCAGUAUAAACCAUUAUGCUUGGAAGUACGGCGAAUAUCCAUUACUGCGCCGUGGCUGGACGCUACAAGAAUGCCUACUCUCACGCAGAGUGGUACAUUUCACAGCCGAAGAGAUGUUCUGGGCAUGUAGGACGGAGAACAAAUGCGAGUGCUCGUUUUGGUGGGACUCCACAACAUUGCCUUUCAAAAACUUGCGCAGCCCCAAGUAUCUCAACACGAUACGUCACUCUGAUCCGGCGGAGUGCAUAGAUUUGUGGCAGGGUAUUGUUACCGAAUACACCAGUUCGAGCUUGACGUACGAAACCGACUGCUUCCCAGCUUUGCAGGGAGUUAGCAAAGAGUUGUGUCGAAUGAAGAAGUCCGCCUAUAUAGCUGGAUUAUGGGAGAGCAGUAUCAUGUAUGACUUACUGUGGUACUCCGACCACAAGGACAAGUCAUCGACACCAACAGCAUGGCGCGCACCAUCAUGGUCAUGGGGAUCCAUCGUAGGGCGAGUCGUAUGGGCAAAGUGGCUUUCAGAGGCUACGCCUUUAUCGACUUGCAUUGCGAAAGAAAUCGUCCCUGCGAGAGGAGGAGACGGAUACGGGGAACUGUUAUCAGCGAAGAUCACUCUACGGGGCCGCUGUUUGCUCAGCAACGUGGAAGGCACACAUCAGCCCUUCGCAUCACCCGAAGAAGCAAUCAAAUACCCAGACCAUCGCGCUUGGAGAAAGUGUCCGCGCAGAAUUUACCUCGAUCAUCCACCGGAAUCGGUACAUCCGGACAGCAACAGCCCUGUCACGCCUAUUGAACAGGUCAAAACCCUGUCCAUGGGCGUGUUCCAAGCUGGUGAGAGGUAUCUCUUUGCCAUGUUGAUAUUGCAGAAAAUGAACAAGGCAGCUGGUACGUACAGGCGGAUUGGUUACAUGGAACUCGAGACACGCAAGGGUCUUGAUAUAUCCAGUCUUCCGGUGGGUAACGAGGAGACUUUACACAUUGUCUAG